CGGACCUCCAGGAUAAGAAGGGUAGAGUGCUGCCUGCAAGGCGGAACCGGGGUCCAGACUCCACGGGACUCAUCUGACCAACACGUCCAACCCACACGUAUCCGUAUAUCUAUCUGACACCAACUCGCCUUGCCAUCGAGGCGGCUCCUUGGAGAGCUCUCAGGGUGCCAGAUAUCGAAUUCCAAAGCCCCCCAGUUACCUGCCCCAGCACCAUCACGAUGAAGGGACUUUUCAGUGCCGCCGCCCUCUCCCUGGCCGUCGGCCAGGCUUCGGCCCAUUACAUCUUCCAGCAACUCUCCAUCAACGGGAACCAGUUUCCGGUGUACCAAUAUAUUCGCAAGAACACCAAUUAUAACAGUCCCGUUACCGAUCUCACGUCCGACGAUCUUCGGUGCAAUGUCGGCGCCCAGGGUGCUGGGACAGACACCGUCACGGUGAAGGCCGGCGACCAGUUCACCUUCACCCUUGACACCCCUGUUUACCACCAGGGGCCCAUCUCCAUCUACAUGUCCAAGGCCCCGGGCGCGGCGUCAGACUACGAUGGCAGCGGCGGCUGGUUCAAGAUCAAGGACUGGGGCCCGACUUUCAACGCCGACGGCACGGCCACCUGGGACAUGGCCGGCUCAUACACCUACAACAUCCCGACCUGCAUUCCCGACGGCGACUAUCUGCUCCGCAUCCAGUCGCUGGCCAUCCACAACCCCUGGCCGGCGGGCAUCCCGCAGUUCUACAUCUCCUGCGCCCAGAUCACCGUGACCGGCGGCGGCAACGGCAACCCUGGCCCGACGGCCCUCAUCCCCGGCGCCUUCAAGGACACCGACCCGGGCUACACGGUGAACAUCUACACGAACUUCCACAACUACACGGUUCCCGGCCCGGAGGUCUUCAGCUGCAACGGCGGCGGCUCGAACCCGCCCCCGCCGGUGAGUAGCAGCACGCCCGCGACCACGACGCUGGUCACGUCGACGCGCACCACGUCCUCCACGUCCUCCGCCUCGACGCCGGCCUCGACCGGCGGCUGCACCGUCGCCAAGUGGGGCCAGUGCGGCGGCAACGGGUACACCGGCUGCACGACCUGCGCGGCCGGGUCCACCUGCAGCAAGCAGAACGACUACUACUCGCAGUGCUUGUAAGGGAGGCCGCAAAGCAUGAGGUGUUUGAAGAGGAGGAGAGGGGUCGGAAGGAACGGCGGAGUGGUCAGGGGGCGGGAACUGAGAGGGGCGGGAAGUCCAAGGGCUCACUAGGGGCCUCGGGCCCGGCUGCCCGACAUCUUCGGUGCACAUAGCUUGAUACUUCACUGUACAUAUUCGCGUCGAAUGUGGAUCAUUUUUCCUGGCAUGUCGGCGCUUUCUUUCAAGGGCCCUUUGGCAUUCAAGCCGCCGUCUUCCCUCCAGUUGCCUCGAACGGUUUACAAGGUCAAAUUCAAGAUGGUAAACGGCCAUCCUUUUCACAGCUAUCUAGGAUGGAAAGAUGGUGUCCGUCACUACAUGCUGCGGCAGGCUACGAAA